UGUAGGGCGGGGCGGGGGAGGGGAAGGAAACACCCGGUGGUGGGCUCGAGAGGUCGUCAAGAUCUGCAGGUCGUCAGGUUUGUGUGUUUUCGGCAGCAGGAUGGCGGGCGUGAACGGAGACCGCAAGGGGAAAAAAGAUGACAAUGGGAUCGGCACCGCUAUCGACUUCAUGCUUUCCAACGCCAAACUUGUUCUGGGGGUGGGCGGGGCAGCCAUGCUUGGCAUCGCGACCCUUGCUGUCAAAAGAAUGUAUGACCGGACCAUAAGUGCCCCCACCAGCCCCACCAAGAUGCAGCAGAUGGGGAAGAGGAGCUGGGAAGAGCCCGCGUGGGUGGGCUCGUCUCCACGAGUUCUCAACCCCGACAUGAAGUCCACGGUUAGCCGCUCCCUGCAGUCUCUGCCCACGACCUCUUGUUCUUUUGAACCAGACUGCCUGCGCAGAGCCGUAGGUCGCUCCGCGGUGGGAGGAAGCGGCGCCACCCGGUCCAGCCUGAUGCAGGCCCGCAUGCGCCUCUCUCUGCAGGAACAUCUGUGGGACUUCUACCAGACCAGGGUCAACAUCCCCGCCGAGGAGCAGGCCGCGGCCAGGAGGGCGGCGCUGGACAUCUGCGCCGAGCUCAGGGUCUUCCUUCACGCCAAGCUGCCUGACAUGCCGCUCAGAGAGAUGUACCUCAGCGGCAGUCUCUAUGACGACCUGCAGGUGGUGACGGCCGACCACGCCCAGCUGAUGGUGCCUCUUGUGUUGGAGAAGAACCUGUGGUCGUCCAUCCCCGGGGAGGACACCAUCAUGAACAUCCCGGGGUUCUGGCUCGUCCGCAGGGAGAACCUGGAGUAUUUCCCUCGCAGCAGCAGCUACUGGGACCGCUGCAUGGUCGGCGGCUACCUCUCCCCCAAAUCGGUCCUGGAGGUCUUCGACAAGCUCGUCGCCGGCUCCAUCAACUGGCCCGCCAUCGGGAGCGUCCUGGACUACAUCAUCCGCCCCGUGGUUCCCUCAGAGACGCUCACCCUGGAGGUCCAGUAUGAGACGGACCGCAGGCUGUACGUGGACUUCCUGCCUCUGCUGGUGAUGGAGGACGGAACGUCGCUGAUCGCCAAGCCACACCGGCUCGCCGCCGAGCGCCACGAGAACCUGUGGCGGCAGAGCUUCCGCGUGGCAGAGACGGCGCGCCUCCGGGCGCUGGACCAGGAGGACGGCGGCUGCCGGUACGCCUGCCUCAAGGCGGCGAAGGCGGCGUGCAAGCUCAACCCCGCCCUCCACCGCCUCAACUCCAGCCAGCUCACCAACGCCAUCCUGCUGCUGAGCGAGAAGGAAGGCAACUGGACGCGGGAGGCGCUGGCCGACCGCUUCCUGCAGCUGCUGCGAGCGCUGGUGGGCCACCUAGAGGCCGGGAGGCUGCCGUGCGCCCUCAACCCCAAAGUUAACUUGUUCUGUGAGCUGACGGAACAGGAAGUGGACGAGCUGGGGUACACGCUCUACUGCGCUCUGUCAGAUCCAGAGCAGCUGCUGAGAACUGCUGCGGAGCCGUAAAACAACUCAAACAAGCAACAAAUUAGAUGCCAACCUCAGUUUUGAAAUUUUUUUUUAUUUUUAUUUUUUUAUCUUUGGGGGUCUAAAUAUUCUUCAGUCGUGAUGAAGCUCCAAAAGAAAAGAACCUGCAUGGAAAACAAAUCACCUCUUUUUGUUCUUGUUACCUCUAAAAAACAUCAGUGAGUAACCAUGACACUGUAUUAGAGUCUCCUCAAAGCCAUUGUAUUAAUGAAGUUUUGUGCUGUUGUGCUCCGUUAAGCUCAGACCGCCUCUGAGGUCUUUACCUUCCUGUGGUUUAGAAAGAGGAACGAACAAAUUCAGCUUUAUUUGGACUCCUUGCACCUCAUUUUGCAGUUACUAUGGCUAGUUACUAUGGCCAAUCUGUUUUUAAUCUCGUUUCAAAGGACUGAAUGUAAUGUUAAGUGUUUGUACGGCAAGCCAAUGUGUAAUAAAAUCCUGAUCAGCCUCAACGACUUGGCGUUCUUAAAAAUGAAACGAUGUAAAAAUCAAAUUUCUGCAUAUUUAAAUUUCAUUAAUACAGUGGCUGGUUCACAUAUUUCACACUGCAGUACCUUGCAAAAGUAUUCACACCACUUGAAUUUUAAUUUCACAUUUUGUCAGCUUACAACCAUAAACUUUAAAUCUGUUUAAGUCAAAUUUGUUACAGACCCAAAUGAAGUGGCUCAUGAUCUGAAAAGUGUGGCGUGCAUUUAUUUUCAGCCCCAAUCUUCAAAUAAAAUCCAGUGCAUGAGUAAAAUAGACUCAGACGUGUUUAUAAUUUAAUCUACUGAAAGCAGCAUGAAUUUAUUUAAAUUUUUUUUAGUGGCAUCAAAACAAAGAUGGCUGAACUCAUUUAUGCCAAACUGCUUCAACUUCUGGCUAAAACAUUUAUUCUCCCUCACGUGUUCACUUGUGACAAAAUGUGGGAAAAAGGUUCAAUUGUUGUGACUUUUGCGCGGCGCUGUGCAAAGACGACGUUUUGAACGUCUCGGUUCCAGCGCAAUGGUAAAAGUUUCGUUGCGAUCCAAACAGGAGGUGAAACAGGACGACCAUAUAAGGCAAGCAGGAAAUGCCCGGAAGAUAAAAUAGGAAGCUGCUCUUUGUUUGUUGGAAUAAAAAGAAAUUGUAUUCUCUAAUUGCUUGGAUGUGGACACAAAUUAUCAGAAAAUACUUUAACCCCAUCUGGUUCAUUCAGAUGUAGAUCCUGCAUUCCCCAGAUGGAGCCUAAAUCUAUGUAGCAAAUAUAAGGAAACCCAUAAAAAAACAACAACUACCAGACAGGCUGCAGAAGGUCCUCUAGUUUCAGCUUGAGCACUUUGUUCAUUCUGAUGCCUGUAGGUGUGUGUGUGUAAAUGCAGAUUAACGUAAAGGAUUCAGGCAGUGUUGUGUUAAGCAGCCAGACAUUAGAUUGGAUUACGGUGCAGGUCUCUGUCGCUAAGGCUAAAAGGACCAGGAGGGAUCCAUUAUUAACCUGUAGUCUGUAAACUCCUUCUGCCCGUCUGAUCUUUGUGUUGAUCAAUAGCUUCCAGGUGCUAAUCUUAGGUCAGGAUCAGGACCUUAGCACAGGCCUGCAGGUACAGCGUCUCGCUACAGUACUCGUGCUUCUUGAACUCUACGGUUUGUUGAUUUAACGCUGCAGGUUCUGAAGUGGAACCAAACAAAUAUGGCUGUUUGGUUCCACUUGAAUUUGGAACCAAACAAAUAUGGCUGUUUGGUUCCACUUGAAUUUGGAACCAAACAAAUAUGGCUGUUUGGUUCCACUUGAAUUUGGAACCAAACAACCAAGUUCUGGCAAAACAAAUUUGCCAGAAUGAAAUUCUGGCAAAUUUUCCCUUUCCAAAACUUUCAAAAUGUUUCCAUUUUCAGUAUUUGAGCACAGACAUUUGAACUUGGUUGGCAUUUGUUUUUUUGUUUUUUUCUACGUUUUUGCGUCGUGACAAACAGAGACGGACCUUUUGAAUUAUCACAGUCAUGAGUCACAGCUUGUGAUCUUUUAUAUCUUUAAUUGGUGAGAAUAAUAAAAAAAAGUUAGUGUCAGAACUAUCUCUAGCAUCUUAAUUGGACCAACUUGUGACACCUUUGUCUCACAAGUUUUAAGAAGGUCCAAAAGUUCAAAAAGUUGAGUUGAAUUAUUUCCAGCGUGUUCUGUUUUUAUGUUGCAAACGAAAGCUAAAAGUCAAUUUUAACCCCAUUUUCUCAGAAAAGUUUCUGUUUUUUACUGGAUUAGUAAACUUACCUUUCAAUACCCAAUUAUGCUUUAUGCCAUACCUCUAAAGUCUGCAUUGGAACCCUGAUACCCAAACUGGAGAAAAGUUACAUAUUUGUUUUCUACCGUAGUAGGAAAAUGUUUAUGCAGCUUAAGCUCACUCAGAACGGACAGAGAGCAUCUGGGUAACAUUCAGACUUGCCACAGAUAAUCUUAUUUCGGUCUGGACUUUGACUAGGCCAUUGAUGCUCAUGAACAUCCUUUGAGCUACAGCAUUCCACUGUCGCUCUGGCAGCUGGAAGGUGAACCUCCAACCUGAUCUCAGGGCAGUGCAGCUUCUAACUGGUUCUCUUCCAGAAUUGACCUCCUCUGUCCCCACAGCAUGCUGCUGCCACUGAUAAGAGAUGGGGUUGACGUGCAGUGCACCAUCAGUUCUGCUUCACUCAUAGGAAAAUGUUGGGAGUAUUAAUACUUUAGCAAGGCAGCUUUCCUUUUGCUUUUUAGCCAAAGAUUGUGUUCACUUGCUCAGAAAUCGGUGAUUAGCUCUCGGGGAAAUCCAGAAUAUAAAGGUUUAUUCCAAAUUUAAAGUGUGGACGAGUAGGAACGGCUGCCAGACUCAAGUAGAGAGUUAGUCACAUCUAGAGUCGUUUUGUUUUCACUCUUAGCCUUAGGAUAUAGUUGAAACAUCUCCUCAUCCCCACACAUGUAAUCUUGUUCAUAUUGUGUACAUUGAUCGAUUUAUUUAAUCAUGACAAAAGAAACCAAGUGAAUAUUUUUGUAUUUAUUAAACAUUUGUAACC